GAAUGUCGACAUGGUAUAUUUUAACUUUAAACCGGCGGCCACACUAGUCACUUACGUUUGUUUGUUUUGGAAUUGAUGAAAUGUUUUUGUCGCGCCUAUGUCUAACAAAUUUACUCCAGAUGUAGCCGCGCUGCUCCCAGAACGCCAAUACCGCUGCGAACUGUGCAGCGAUCAGGUCUUCAGCAACCAAAGUCACUAUCAACUGCAUCUCCGACGACGACACAAACUAAACACCACAAACAACAACCACCCAGAGAUAACCAGUUAUCAUUGUCCAGCGGAGAAAUGCAUCUAUAACGCUGAUCGUCCAGGCAGUCGAGGAUUUGCGAACUUACGUUUCCUACGACAACACUAUCAAAAGAUUCACAUGCUUAAGGAAUUCAAAUGCAACGAAUGCAAUGAAACUUUUCUGCUCGAGCGUCAUCUAGAGAAGCAUCAGUGCUGCUCCUCCUAUCCAUGUCCCAUCUGCGGACUCACCUAUAGCAGCAAGGCGGGCCUGCAAACCCAUAUGAGGCGCAAGAGUCACUUUGAGACACCAAACAACGACGAAUCCUCCAGUUCAAAGGUUUCCUCAUCCAAAAUUGCGUUGCCCACGCUGCAAGCAUGGAAGAGAUUACAGAAGCAAGCAGAGGAUGCAGCGAAAUUUACAAUAAAGCCUGAGCAAUGCGAGGAAAUCAUUCAACCCGCUGCACCACUAUUGCAAUCAUCCUUUUAUUACCUGCCCACUAUAGAGAUUCCCUAUGUUCUACAGCUGCCGGUGAAUGCUCCUGACGAACAUGUGGUCCAGCUAGAAGAUGUAGAUGCCCAUGUAGAGCCGCCUGACAACGCCAACGAGCUGCCCAUUCCCAGUUUCACGGACGAGGAAGUGGAGCGUCUGUUACGCGACAUGGAAACGCAAACCGACGACGUCGACCUGGACACACUCGAUAUGCACAAUGAGGUGCUGGCGCCACUGCUACGCAAUAUACAAACCCAGACACUCGAUAAUCGUCAUCAUCAGGGCACUAUGACAGAACUGGAUCUGGAGCCGGAGGAGGAAGAGCACAGCACGAAUGCAGCAAAUGGAAAUUAUGGUGCUUACCCGGAGCAAGAUCAUAUCUUUGGUCUGCAGACAUCGGCACACAUGCAUACCCAGACCUGUGAUGAAUUGUUCGAGGAGCUGCGCAAUAUACAAACCCAAACGCUCGAUAAUCGCCAUCAUCAAGGCACUAUGACAGAACUGGAUCUGGAGCCGGAAGAGGAAGAGCACAACACGAAUGCAGCAAAUGGAAAUUAUGGUGCUUACCCGGAGCAAGAUCAAAUUUUUGGUCUGCAAACCUCGGCACACAUGCACACCCAGACCUGUGAUGAACUGUUCGAGGAGCUCGGCUUGUCGCACAUCCAGACACAGACACAUUGCUCCGAUGGUUUGUACAAUACACAGCACACGCAGACCUGCGACGAGAUGCUGGACGAGUUCUUGGAGAACUUUCAAUCGACGUGUACCCAGACUAGAUGGUUGGAUUGGCAGGAGACUGAUGGCGGUAGUAAUUAAAUUAUUAAAC